AUGGAUGAAGGAAUAAAGAUUAAGACAGUCGAGAUGCACACAGGCGGAGAACCACUCCGAAUAGUAGAGAGUGGUUUGCCGGAAAUCAAGGGCGCAACGAUAUUAGAGAAACGAAAAUACGCCAAGGAACAUUUAGAUCAUAUCAGGAAGGUGCUGAUGCGUGAGCCACGGGGUCAUCUGGACAUGUACGGGACAUAUUUAGUGGAGCCAGACCUCCCCGAGGCCGACCUAGCAGUCCUUUUCACCCACAAUGAAGGCUACAGCACCAUGUGUGGGCACGCCACCAUUGCCCUUGGGAGAUACGCGGUGGACAAGGGACUGGUCAAGGACGUCUCCCCUCCUGAGGUGGAAGUGAAGAUCCAGGCCCCGCCCGGCUUGUUACGCGUUUGGACGAAGGUGAAUGAGAAAGGCCGGUCAGGGUCUGUACGGUUUCACAGCAUCCCUUCUUUUGCGGCUGCCACCGAUGUGAAAGUCAACGUUCCCAACAACGGAGAGGUGACGUUGGAUGUUGGGUUCGGAGGCACGUUUUAUGCCGUAGUCCCCGCCUCACGGUUUGAAUUGGACCUUGACACGUCACCAGUACACGACCUCAUCAAAGUGGGAAUGACAGUCAGAAAGGCUGUGAGUGAACAAGUGAAAGUAAAACAUCCCGACUUCCCCGAACUCGAGUUCAUCUACGGUACUAUCCUGACGGACGGCAGCGACCAGUACUCCGACAAACCGACUAAGAAUGUGUGUAUAUUUGCUGAUAACCAGGUCGACCGAUCACCAACAGGAUCGGGAGUAAUCGCAAGAAUAGCCCUACAGCAUCAUAAAGGACUUAUAAAGCUCAAUCAAGUGCGCUGCUUCACUAGCAUUAUUGGGUCGGUCUUCACAGGGAUGGCAGUGGAGAAGACGAAGUGUGGAGACAACCCUGCUGUGGUGGUGGAGGUGUCAGGCACAGCCUACUACACCGGGAGCAGCACUUUUACUGUAGAAGCAGGGGACGAACUGGCAGAAGGGUUUCUACCCAGGAUGUGA